AUGAACGAGACUUUGCUCGAGCUGGACAUUGUUGGCAUAGGUAACUAUUCAAUUCAGAAGCACUGAAAGUGAGCUUCAAAGACCAAAAAAGGUCUUUUUGCAGGUCUGAUCGAGUUCCCGGUUUACGACUCGCAAGUUUAUUGGCAACGGGAAAUCCCUUUCGCCGUUUUUAUUUUUAUUUAUUGCGUUUUCUUCAUUCUGUUGCAACUUUUGGUGAUGAACGCGAUGCUCAACGAUUCAGAAACUCGAAAAUUCCCUGCCUAUCAGGUAGUCCUAUCAAAUAAUGAGGAAUAAAAGAAGAUUCCAGAUAAUGUUCGUGAUUUCCGUGACGGAUACAGUCCAAUUGCUGAUUCACUUUUCGGCAGUUUAUUACAUUGUCGACUCGACUCCCCAUUUCACAGCCUUUCACUUUGUAAAUCCCUGUAGUUGGAAAAAUUCAAAAAAAAAGGGAUUUUUCAGGGAAUCGGCGCUCUGAUGAACUCUUCCUGGAACUGUAUGCUCGUUUUGAGCAUUUUUCUCAAUGCAAACAGACUCAUAUCAAUUAUUUUCCCAUUUUUCUCGACAAAACUCUUUUCCAAACGAAUGAUGGCAGUGAGUUUUGCUAGGUUUAGUGGGAAGUAAAUUAUUAACGCCCAAUGGCCAAAUAGUUCAUUUUUCAAUUUUUAUUCUAAUUUGCAUUUCGAAAGUCAUUCGGAUGUCAAAAAAAUCAAACUCUUUUUUUAGACGUUAGACAAGUGACUUUUGAAUUGACGUUUGCGAAAAGAAAUCUAAUAAAAAGUAAUAAUUUUCUCGUGAGCAGAAAAAUUGUUUCAUGCAAGAUUACAAGGAUUUUAUGUGUUUUUGAGGUUCCAGGCUUUCUUCGUGAUAAUUUCAAUAUAUUGGGCUGCCGUUUUUUUCUUAUUGAUUGCAGUAAUCUCAGUCAUAUGGUCUACCUGCUACCAGCUUACACCUGGCACUACAUGGUGAGUAAAAUGAAGCUGUGUACGAAAAAAAUAGAUCAGACGAUUCACAAAUUAUCAAAUAGACUUCUAAAGCUCGUAUUUGACACAAUAUUUUUCUGAUCGUCGUAAAAUACACAGUGGUUUUUUUGACAACGCGAAAUCAAGAAAUGGUGUCUAAAAACCUUAAAACAAAAAUCACUUUUUAUUUAUUUUUAUUGCCGAUUCCCUAUUCUGUUCUUACCUACAUUUAUUACAAUGUUUUUCUUGCACCCUGAUAGUUUAUAAACUUUCUGAAAACUAGACGAUCUUUUAAAUGUUGGUAUAAACUAUUUUGGAACGCCAGAGUGCUCCCUACGGGGGCGACCAUGGAGGGCCAUGGAAGGAAGUCUUUUCAACUUUCAAACAUGAACGGAGAAUCGAAACACACUUAAAGCCAUCGCUCAUGUUUUAGGGGUCAAACCCUGAACCCCUGUAACGACCACCUAAAUUUUACCCCUAAAGGGAGCACUUUUUUGUCCUAAAAGAGAUUUUUCUUCCCUACCUCCUAUAGGAACCACUCGGGCGUUUCUAAGAACGCCAAGUCCUUUUUUUCUUACUGUGAAAAUAUUUCUGAAAUAACUCGAGGCCUCCCAGAAGGCGUCAAAAUAAAUGCUAUGGCAGUAGCCAAAACAGCGGUUAGAGGAGAUUUUUAGGAAAGGAUCCGUCGGUAAACAUAUGAUUUUAAAAGAUGCCUUGAUUUCAGGCAGAUUACCCCCUUUCGGCAUUGGUCAGAGAAUGGAGCGCCAAGUUAUCCCUGGCUGACGUCGUUUUCUCUAUAAUCAGCCAUUCGGCGAUUUUCCCCUUCAUAUAUUUCGUGAGUGGGGGAUGUUAUGGAUUGUACCAGUCUAACAGAAAUUUUUGGGUUUCUGGAAAAAUUAUUCUGAAGAAAAACUGUCGGGCUCUUGAUCAUAUAAUCAAAAAAAUAAAAUUAAAAAAAUAAAUAGAUAACUUACAGAAAGCGUCAGUCUUCUCAAAAAGAGAGGUGAUCCUAUCCGUCCAGGUUAGAAAAAAACCAAAGAAACAGUUGAAAAUGUCCGAUUUGAAGGUUCUCGGUGUGUCGUUGGUGCACAUAGCGGGUUACGUGACAUGGGAAUAUCUGCCGAUUCCUUGGGACCAGCCGAUUGGCGUGUUCCUCGGCCACUUCGUCUGGAUGCUCUGGAACUCGAUAAACCCGUUGCUUUACAUUUUUCUCAACAAGUAAACCUUUAGUUUUUUUUUCCUAUAAAAACUAAAUUUCAGAAGAAUCCGCACUAACGUUUUGAUUUCCUUGGGACGCGAGUCGGCGAAGAACAAAGUUUCCUUGGUGCAGUCUUCGGUGGCGAUGCAGAGCAGACCUACAGAUCAUAGAAGAGCGAUGCCUCGUUGA